AUGAAACCUUGUUUUUUCCAUGGGGGGGGGGGGGGGGGGGGGGGGGAAAUAAAUAUAUAUUUGGGGGGGGGGGGGGGGGGGGGGGGGGGGGGGGGGGGAAGAGGGGGGGGGGGGGGGGGGGAUUUGGGGGGGGGGGGGGGGGGGGGGGGGGGGGGGGGGGGGGGGGGGGGGGGUGGGGGGUUGGGGGGGGGGGGGGGGGGGGGGGGGGGGGGGUUGGUUUGGGGGGGGGGGGGGGGGGGUUUUUUUUGGGGGGGGGGGGGGGGGGGGGGUUUUUGUGGUUUGGUGGGGGUGUGGUUUUUUUUGGGGGGGGGGGGGGGGGGGGGGGGGGGGGGGGGGGGGGGGGGGUGGGGUUGUGGGGGUUGGGGGGUUUGGGGGGUGGGGGGGGGGUGGUGGUGUUGGGUUGGUGGGGGUGUUUUGGGUGGGUGUUUUUUGGGGGGGGGGGUGUUUUUUGGUGAGUGGGGUUGGGUAUUGGGGGGGUGA